AAACCCUAAAACCCCGGGAAGAGAGAAGAACUCUCUGUAGUGUUCUUUUAAUGGCGGAAUCAAUAUCAGACUUGGAAGAUCAAGGAAUGGUUGUGGACGGAGGGAAUAGAGAUGUUGAGGUGGAAAAUAUCCCAGUGAUGGCUUUCAGACCAUCCCACGAAGCUAAACUUAGAGAAUUGUUGCAUAAGAUUUGCUUACAUGAGAUUAAGCUAUGUUCUGAUGCUGCAAAAGAAUUUGCAUGGAAGCUUCGACAUGAAAAACAAGGACUGUCCUACAUAUUCUCGCUUAUCCAGACGAUUUUGAGUCAUCCAGAUGGAAAAGAUAGAUCAACUGAUAUAGGAAGAGCUAUUGACCAGUUUGGUAGGUUACUUAUUGAAGAUAAACUGGAUGACAUUUACAAAGAAUUGAACAGCAAAGAGGGAAAACAACAGUCUGCUGCACUUUCAUUGUUAGCUUCGAUUGUUAGACGUGGUCCAGGCAUGGCAUCAGAAAUAGCUAAGAAGUUUGAUUUUAAGGGUUUUGCAAAACUAGCAGAGUAUAAAACGCGAGGGACUGAAAAGGUUAAGAAACACUCAACAAGGAAGGCCUUUGUUGGGUUUGCAAUAUCAUUCCUUGAAGUUGGGAAGCCUGGAUUGCUAAGAUCAGUUUUACAGCAGAAAGAAAUGUAUUCGAAAGUCCUGCGAGGCCUUGGGAAAGAGGAUGAAGACACUGUGGCUUCUGUCUUGUCUACGUUAAAGGAUAAGAUCCUUGUUGAAGAAUCAUUGAUUUCUCCUGGUCUAAGGAGUGUUCUUUUUGGAAGUGCGACGCUAGAGCAGCUAGCCAGCAUUUCAGCAAGAGAGGAUGGUGGGAUUGUGAAUGAGUUGGCCCAUGAUGUUCUUGUUAAAGUUUGCACAGACCCCUGUAAUGGAUUGAUGCCAGAUGCAAAGAGAAAUUUGAGAGGCAAUUCAGACAGACUACUAAUGCUCAUGAAGAGACCGUCUUUAGCUUCAGCUUUCUUGGACGAGUUUCCAUACAAUGUGGAAGAUUUUGCAUCACCAUCCUGGUUUUCUUCUAUUUCCGUGGCAGCUAAUUUGGUAUCGUCAGUAAGAACUUCAUGUUCUUUUGACUUUCUCAAUCCAGAUCAACGUGCUACACCUCCUUCUGGUGGUUUGGAUGUUCAGACUAUCAUGAAAUGCAUAUGCCCCCGACCAUUUAGCCGGUCACUGAUCACUAAAGGGAUGCUCCAUUCUGAUUUUCUUGUGAAACAUGGGACCUUGAGAUUUCUCUUGGAGACGCUGAGGCUGUUGGAUUCUUUUGUUACUGCUUGGAACCUUUGUUCAUCUCAUAGAUGCUCUGUUGAGAAAAUUCAGAUUUCUCUAGCGAACGUCAUGGGUGAAGUGAGCAGCUUUUUUCCAGAUUCCCAGGUCUUAUUGAUUGUACUGAAGUCUUUGGACGGUUCUAGUGGAACUCAAAAGCUGUCAUUGAAGAGAGAAGCAGAGUUGGAUAGUGGAUUAGUAGGCAGAAAAAAACGCUUUAAGCGAUCUGAGAAGGAUGUUUUGGAAGAAGAGGCUGGUGAUAUUGUCAUUGGUGGGGUAGGUUCUGAUAAAGAUAUCUUUUUGGCAGAGGAUAAUAUGGAUGCUCAUAUGACAGAUCAGGAAGAUGCUGAAAAAGAAUAUCUUGGGAUUGUUUCAGAAAUUUGGGUUUCAGAGCUUUGUUCUAAGCCUAUUGAUUCGGUCGAAGAAGCAGAGAUGUGUUUUCACAUAAAGCUUCUGGAUGCCCUCAAGAUUUAUGUGCGUGCUGUACCUAAUGAGCUUGAAGGAUCGUUUGAUGUCUUCAUGAAAUUUCUGAGCAAUUCUUCAGGUUUACCAGUUGAAUUGCAGAGAGCUCUCUUGUCUUUGCUAAAUGACUACAUCAGUUGGACGCCAAAGUCUCAAAGUGACAGAGGUCCUACAAGAAUUCCACCACUUAUGCACAAGCAUUUGCGUGUGUUCAUGAAUUUGUUACUUUCUUCACCACACAACGGGGUGAAGGAUCUAGUGUACAAUUUAGCAGUGGCAGCUAUGAACAGUACCGGUGCAUUUGAAAACAAUCCAAGUGAAAUUGGUGCAUGGUUCUUGUUUCUACCAUGUUUUGAAAAGAUUAAACUACCUCAUGAGGUUCAGGAGGCUGUACAGAGCAUGUCAUCAGUUGUCAUCUCCUUUUUAUGUGAUGCAGUUUCGACUGUUGGAAAUAAUUUAUUCAAGCACUGGGACAUUGUCAGAAGUAGCUUGUCCCAUUUAAAAGGUGUAUCAAUUGGUUUUAGCCCCCUAAUUAUUUGUCUACUACAGAAGUGUGUGAGGCUACUAAAUUCUGAGUCUAAAACGUCUUUACCGGAGAAGUCAGCAAUAUCUCUGUACGUCUGCAGCACACUGAAAUAUCUUUUGCAAACUCAGGUAGAUUCCAAAUUACUCUCAUGUUUGAUCCAGUCAGUUUUAUCUGAGGUGGUUGAUGGAUCUAAGAAUUCUUUAUGUGAAUGGAGGCCAUUGAGAAGGUUGCUUUGUUUCUCACAAUCCUUGUCAAACGAAAAACCUAUCAUCUUGCAUUCCAGAAGGACAACGGGUCUUCCUACUGAUAGUACUUUUACAGAGACUCUUGAUGAGAUCAAAAGACUAGUUAGAAGCAUUUCUCCGGAUGAAAUUGCAGGAAUAGUUAAAGCGUUUUCUUCUGCAUUGAUAUGUGCAACACCUGAAUCGAUCUUGCAAAAUUUUGCUCCUGUGAUGGAUGUUUCUUGGGCCUUUUAUGGAACACCAUUCUCAUUUUUACAGUCCAUCACCUUUCUAGAGGAUAAUUUCCUUGGAAACCUUUCAAAGCUAUCGCCUGACUUGUUUGCUCCAGGUUCAGAAUUUACUGGGUCAAGGAAUCUGUGUGAAGGAACAGUAGAUAGUGAGAUUGAUUUUUCUGGCCACUCGUCCGUAACUGAAGAAAUCAGAAGUAAGAUGAACAAUCGUGAUAUUGAAUCUUCUGCCUUCUCUAUGUUCUUAGAGCAGGCUCCUUUUCCUGUAUUACUUAAUGCAAUUAUGAGCAUGGAUAUAUCUUGCUUACCAGAGUUUCCAAGAAUAUCAGAGCUACUGCUGCUAAAAGUUUCGCAGCCUAAAAGUGGUAGUAUUGACUCAAAUAUCCAAUUAAUAAUGUUCUGGCUCUUCCAAAUACGAUCAUCUUACAAGGUUCAACCAGCUCCAGUACUCCAUCAACUCUCUGAGAUCUGCUUACGUCUCAUGAAGAACUUGUUCUCUCAAAUAUCAGAACCGGAGCUUGUUUCUGGAUCCUCUUCAAAUAAGUUGUUUGCUUCUUUUGCAAAGUGGAAGCAUCAAGUGGCCCAGACAGUUCUUUGCCACCCAGUUGUGAUGGCACUGUUAGAGAGUCCCUUGGAUUGUGGCACAUUACCUCCAGUGCAGAAUGUUGAGAUUUUUUCAGAAACAUCGCUGACAACGGGCAGGCUAGUAUAUAGUGAAAUAGAUCAACACAUCCUUGAUCUUUUGGUUUCUACUUGUGAGCACUUUUUGCUUGAUGAGAAAGACAAUCUGUGGAAAGAGGACCUCAGGGAAAAUAAGUCAAUUAUAGCAUUUAAGGACUUGGUUGAAAGGCUUUUCUUGGAAUUUAGGGUCAAGUUUGAGCUUUGUGUUGGUUCUCAAAGUUACGCUUCUCUUCUCCAACCAUCACAACUGAUUCAUGCUUUGUUAAGAUUUAUAUCACCUUUUAAACUUCUUAAUAUUGCUCAUUCCAUGCUGAGUAAAAUUGAUAAGGAAGGGUUGGCAAGCCCAAAUUCAAGUAUUCUUCUCAGUUUGGGAUUGGGUAUUGCAGGUGGAGCUUUUGAAAUGCUUAUAUUAUAUUCACACCAGCCGACUGCUAAGAGAGGGGUAUUUGAUUUGCUGUGGGAAUUAGAAGAAAAGAAUUAUGCCAGUAACAUCAUUGAGAAAGUAUAUAGCAUGGCAUGCAAGUUUUCUACCUCUCUUGAUUUGGAUUCGGCAGAUAUUUGUUUGCUUAAAGUUUGUGGUGGUAUUUUCAGGGGGAAACAUAAUCAAAAUUAUAGUGUUCACCCGUUGGUUUUGAAAAUUUCACUGAUUGUUGGAAGAACCCCUGAAGACUUGAUUAUCCAUUGCAUUAACCGGGCAAGCAUAACCAGAGCCAAGAUAUUGUUCUACCUUGUGGAGUCCAGUCCCUUGCAUCUGUUAGUCUUUGGAAACUUUUUCUUUUGUAUGCUAACUAAGAAACAGGAUGACUCUGCGCUUACAGAUGAUCAGUUUAUCAUGCUCCUGCCUGCUGUGCUAUCGUAUCUGACAUCAGUUUUUGCAAAACUCGAGAAGCCGUGUAAUAGAUGUUUGGAUAUAACUUCAGUUUAUUCAACUAUACUAAUAAAUGGUUUUCUUCAGUGGCCGAGGUUUUUGUCUAGGUGCAUCUUUGAAGAGAAGUAUGAAGAGAUUCUUCUGUCAACGACUGAGGAUAUGGACACUAUGUUUAAUGCGAGUCUUAUUGGGAAGGCAGUACGUAUGUUUCAGUACCACUUUUCCUUGACUGAAAGUCCAACUAAAGAAGAUGAUCUCUUUAAGGUAUUUAAUUCCAUGUUUCCUCACACAAGUACUGGCAAGGAGAUGUUGGAUUACGAGAUAAAGGAAGUGGACGUUCAGUCAGUAGACCAAAUGUUAAAUGUUGCUAUCCGUGUGGUUGCAAAAGUAACACUUUCAAGGAUUUGUUUGUUUCCUGAGGAUAGCAGUUUGUGUCAAGUUAAACGUGCAACAGGUACUUGUGUGAAGGAAAGUUCUUCAAAAAUUGGAUCCAAUAGAGCGAUUUUAUCAAAGCCGUUGCUAGAUGCUUUAGUUAAUAGUUGGCAAUGUGUUGUCAAGAAAUCUGAUGGAUCUUUCAAAGGGAAUUCUGAAGGAAAACAGGACAAAUGUUGGUCCUUGUGCAAAAGCCUUGAAAACUUCAUUUUGAGAAGUAUUCUACAGUUUUUGGAAAACAUGUGUGAGGAGCUCGUUCAGUUGGAUUCCCUUCCCUUCCUGGAGAGAUUGAUGAAAUCAGUUCUUCUGUAUAGAUUUGAGGACUCGACGACACUGAAGAUACUGAGAGAAAUUUUCUCUUUAUUGUCUAGAGGGAAGUACUCAUAUGCACCAUAUAUCCAACUCUUAAUAUCUCACUCUCAGUUUACACCAACUAUCAGUUCUCUCUCCAUAUCAUCCUCACAUACUGGUGAAUUAUUCAGGCCUGUCUCCAGCAUCCUAAAUCAUCUUAUCAUCUCAAGUCCGAAUUCUGUCGGAGUUAAAAGGUGUUGUCUCGAAGCACCUAACUAUGCGAAGCAGUUAGAAGUUGUCAAAAUUCUCAGAGUGCUGCUCUUCAAAUGUGGAAAAGAUUCAGGCAUCAAUCUCAAAGAACUGCAUUUUUUUCUUUUGUGUUCUUAUGGUGCAACUCUGAGCGAAAUCGACUUGGAGAUCUACAAGCUGAUGCAUGAUAUCAAGUUGAUUGAUGCCGAACAGACACUAAAUGUUUCUGAAACAGAUUAUUUGUGGGGUAAAGCUGCCUUGAAAUUAAGAGAGGGACUGCGUUUCAAACAGGAUGCAUCUGAUGUUGGUCAAGCUGAGUUAGUGGAAGAUGUCCGGCAGAGUCUUUUUAAAGAGAAUCUUUGUGUUGAUCCCAAAAUAUGUGCUUCAACUGUUUUGUUUUUUCCUUAUCAACGCACUACAGAGAAAUCGGACAAUUUUUACCUAUAUGAUGAUCCAAUAAACGAGAAAUGCUCACCUGUUAUUGAGGACAUUGAACGAUAUGAUCCGGCUUUCAUCCUGCACUUCUCGAUAGACUCAUUGUCCGUGGGUUACAUUGAACCUGUGGAAUUCGCCAGCUUAGGCUUGCUUGCAGUUGCAUUUGUGAGCAUGUCUUCAGCAGAUCUUGGGAUGAGAAAAUUGGGUUAUGAAACUCUUCAAAUAUUUCUGGAUGCCCUUGAGAAUUGUAGGAAGAACAAGCAUGUAACAGGGCUUAGGCUUCUGCUAAUGUAUGUACAAAAUGGAGUUGAGGAACCAUGGCAAAGAAUCCCAACUGUUUCUGCUAUUUUUGCUGCUGAGACAUCUCUGAUAUUGUUGGAUCCUUCUCACGAACAUUAUGUUCCCAUAAAUAAACUUUUGAAGAGCUCAUCUACACUGAAACUGAGGGGAAUACAUUUGUUUCAUGAUUUUUUCUGGAGCAGCGCUGUUAACUUUAGAUCGCAGAGGUUUUGGGAACUACGCCUAGUGUAUCUGGGCUUGAAAUCAGAUGAUGAUGUUCAAAUUUACAUUAAAAACUCCAUCCUUGAGACAGUGAUUAGUUUUUCCUCAUCUCCUCUUGCUGAUGAUGAAACUAAAAGACUAAUCCUUCAGGUUGUGAGAAAGUCAGUCAAAUUCCAUAAGAUGGCCCGACAUCUAGUUGAAAACUGUGGUCUGUUUUCAUGGUGUUCAUCGUAUAUCUCAAAUUUUACCACAAAGCCGAUUGGAGACAAAGAUCUGCACUUGGUAGUUGUCUUGGAGAUCAUAACUGAUGUUCUCGCCUCCAGAAACAUUACAGAGUGGUUGCAACGAUUUGGCCUCGAAGGGCUAAUGGAAAUCUCAUCGCGUUUAUACAAACUUUUAGGUGGUGGCUUGGUAUCAGUACAAGCAAAUGGUACUUCAGUUGAUUUAAUUUUGCAGAUACUAUCUGCUACUCUAAAGAUUUCACAGAAACGAAAAAUGUACCAGCCACAUUUCACCAUCACAAUCGAGGGAAUAUUCCAACUCUUUGAGGCUGUUGCUAAUUUUGGUUCUCCUCAAGUCGAAGCUAGUGCAGAGAGUGGGCUUAUUACUAUAUUAAUGAGCACCCCGCCAGUUGACAUAAUAUGCAUGGACGUGGACAAGCUGAGAAGGUUUCUUUUGUGGGGAACCUCCACAGCAUUAAAGAGUGACCUUAAAAAGGGAUCUAAACCUAUUGAGUCUCAUCAAGAUACUAAAAUACUCACCGAAGAACCACAAGAGGAGACUAUGGUAGCAAAGUUUCUACGCUGGCUGUCGGCUUCAGUUUUACUUGGGAAGCUUUAUUCUAAAGCUAGUGAUUUUGACCCGACAGUCUUAAGUAAAACAAAACCAGAAACUUUGCUGACAUUGUUAGGAUACUUUAAGAAAAGAAAUCUCGAAGACAGCAUGAAAAAUUCAGAGCACAUAAUAGGGGAAGUAAUUGUACACCUCCAACAGCUCCUGUGUACAAACUACAGAGUUCUUCUUCCCUCUGUUGUAUUUGCACUUUCUCUCAUGCUUCUUCACAAUGACCUCGGGACUGGAGAGUCCGAUGGCGAUUACAAGCUCAUAAAAUCUUUGUGUUCUAAAAUUAGUAGUCCUCCUGAAGCUAUUCCGGGCUGGAGAUGGUCAUAUUAUCAAGCGUGGAGGGAUCUUUCAUCAGAACAAGCCACAGAUCUGGAUAAGAUCAAUGAACUCCAUGCGUGCCAACACCUUUUGCUGAUAUUCUCUGAUAUGCUUGGAGAAACGCCAUGGGAAUCUCAACAGGUGUUGCCUCGUAAAAGUUUUGAUAUGUCCCAUGUAUUUGAAUGGGAAAGAAGGUUAGUUGAGACCUAGACACUAGUCAUUGUAUUGCAGGUUUGUAUCAUCCAGAUCAAUCAAUUUUGUUAUAUCAAUGACAUGAGUUAUUGAUUCAUUCACAUGAAACAAAGUUGAGUUUUGUUGUAUCAAUGAGAAAUGUUAUCUGAGUCAGAGUCCAUAUAAAUCAGGGUAUCUUGU